UCAAAAGGCUCGGUUUUCACCUCCGGUGUCGAGUAGCCGCCAUCUUUGUAUCCGUUCAAAUACAAAAAUAAUAUUUAUUUUCAUUCACUAAGUUGAGAAAAUAAUUUGGUAUUCGAACUUAUGUCCUCAGCCUGAGAGCAUUCAUUCGAAGCCUUAUCGAGAUGUCGCUGGUGGAUUUGGGGAAGCGGCUACUUGAGGCUGCACGGAAAGGCCAGGACGAUGAAGUCAGGACACUCAUGGCCAACGGGGCUCCCUUCACCACAGACUGGCUGGGCACAUCUCCGUUGCACCUGGCCGCCCAACACGGACACUAUUCCACCGCAGAGGUGCUGCUCAGAGCAGGUGUCAGCAGGGACGCCCGAACCAAAGUGGACAGGACCCCUCUGCAUAUGGCUGCUUCAGAGGGCCACACCGUCAUCGUGGAUCUAUUAGUCAGGAGUGGAGCAGACAUUAAUGCCAAAGACAUGCUGAAGAUGACUGCUCUCCACUGGGCCGCGCAGAACGGCCACCAAAGGGUAGCGGAGACGCUCGUCAAACAUGGCGCAGAUGUUCACGCUCUCAGUAAAUUCGAUAAGACGCCGUUCGACAUCGCAGGAGACAUCCAGAAUGCAGACCUUAUGCUCCUACUACAGGAAGGAAUGCAGAACCAGGUGAACAUGAACGCAGAGGCUGGCAUGACGGGGAGCUCGGCCCAGCCUCAGUUUAUCAUCCAGGGCAUCCCAGGGCUCCAGGGUGGCGUGGUCAACCUGGCGGACCUCCUCAACAACGCUGCCAAGGCCAACUCUGGUAGGCUCCAGGGGGGCGUGGUCAACCUGGCCGACCUCCUCAACAACGCUGCCAAGGCCAACUCUGCAGUUGAAUCUGAGGAAGCCAUAGCAGCCAAUUCUUUGGACCCCGGCAGCAUCCAGCACAUGGUGAACGAGCAAGGUCAAAGGGUUAUCACCAUAGUGACCGACCAACACGGCAACCUGCAGACUGGAGGGCUUGGUCAGCCAUUCUUUGUCACCAUGCAGCACGGACAACAGAUGUUGGCGAUGCCAGCCAAUCAGGUGACAGAGGAGGUGGUUGAUGAGGAACCCCAGCCCCCGCCCUCCCGCAAGAGGAAACUGGAGGCCUCGGCCAACCACAUGGAGUCUGGAGACACGGAGCAGUUACAGAGGCAGCUGCAGGAGGCCAACCGGAAGGCCCAGGAGUACCGGCAGCAGCUGAUGUGCAAGGAGCAGGAAGCAGAGCAGUACCGCAUGAAGCUGGAGGCAAUGUCGCACAGCCAUACCAAUGGCACCUCGGAGCAGGAGGAGGUGGUUGGGGGUGAGGAGGAGGUGCAGGAGGAGGUGAUGCUCCAGGAGGGAGACAUCAUCAUCAAGACGGAGGGGCUGGACUCGGCCGAGGAGCAGGUGACGCUGGUGGACUCGGCGCCCUCCCACACCGAGGUCAUCUCAUAAUGUCAGACAGACUGAUGUCACUGACUGAAGGAGAAAUGGACACGUGGACUCAGGCGACAGGCCAGCCUGUUGGUGUUUUCAUAGCUCUUUUGUUAAUUAUUUUCCUGCUAUGUUUUGUUUUUGUACAAUAUUUACUUUUUCUGGCGUUUUAUUUUCCUCAACUGUGUUUAUUUCUGUUUUAUUUUUUACAAAUAGCGAAGCGAGGAGCUGAAUAUAUUGAUUGAGGAGCAGGAACGGGACCUGCUCAGCCUGUGAGUCGGUAAGGUUGCCUAGCUGAAGAACGUCUAUGCUCCCUGGGAAAAACGUGGCCUCGGGCGCUCGCUCUCGGAUAUCUAUGGUGUCUGAGACAUGUCAAUGUUGUGUGGGGAAAUGCAUUUUUCAUGGUUCCAACAGCAUGUCCUAAGGUGACCAAGAUGCAGAUCCAAAGUUUAUUAGACACGUCCAUCCAUAGAACCAGAGGACAGGUCUGUUGGAGAGAACACUGUUUUGUUCAACUCCUUCAGGUCUCAAAAGUCUCCCUCUGCCUCAGUCUUCCAUCCAACCACCCACCACCAUGGGCAAUGGGAAUGGUACUUAAGCAUGCCCAUUUCCUAUUUCAAAAUAAUCCUCUUACAUGAGAAAAGACAGCGCAUGUAGUUGGCAACAGUCAUUCUCCGCAUGUAUUGGGCUCAUCAUUCACAGUGUAAUAAUGAAUUGUUUCAAAGUUGUGAAUGGCAGUGUUUCUCCUUUCGUGGCACCACGUUAAGCUUUCUCCUCUAGUUGUCGUCGGUGCCACUUCCAUAGUGCGGUAGUGAUUGUAGGUUUACUGUUGCACAAGCCACAACUUUCCUCCCGCUGGUGUUGACACAAAGAUGAACUUCCCAUCGUUUUAAUGCCCCUGUGGCUUUAAUCACUAGUAGCCCCACUCCCCAGAGACGGACAGGAAUAAGAGUGUCUCAUAAAAUUAACGAUGUUGAUACACCAUAAACAAAAGUAUGUGGACUCCACUUCAAAUGAGUGGAUGCGGCUACUUCAGCCACACCCGUUGCUGACAGGAUAUAACAUUGAGCACAGACAUGCA